AUGGCUUCUAGCUUCAAGAAGUCAAACGUGGCCUCCACCAGCCAGAAAAGAAAGGUGGGGCCUAAGCCCGAGCUCACUGAAGAUCAGAAGCAAGAAGUCCGCGAAGCGUUUGACCUCUUCGAUGCCGACGGCAGCGGCACCAUCGACGUGAAGGAGCUGAAGGUGGCCAUGAGGGCGCUGGGCUUUGAACCCAGGAAGGAGGAGAUGAAGAGGAUGAUCGCCGAGGUGGACAAGGAAGGCACAGGGAAAGUCAGCUUCAAUGACUUCUUGGCCGUGAUGACUCAGAAGAUGGCCGAGAAAGACACCAAGGAAGAAAUCCUGAAGGCUUUCAGGCUCUUUGAUGAUGAUGAAACCGGGAAGAUCUCUUUCCAAAACCUAAAGCGCGUGGCCACCGAGUUGGGGGAAAACCUCACUGACGAGGAGCUGCAGGAAAUGAUUGACGAAGCAGAUCAGGAUGGAGACGGUGAAGUGAACGAGGAAGAGUUUCUUCGGAUCAUGAAAAAGACCAGCCUCUAUUAA